AGUCACAUGUGUGACGAUACGCGUUGGGAUUGGAGCGCUGGACAACCCCUAGCAUCCGACGGACGUAGUACGAGUUCGCUACUCGUGGAUUUAUGCCAUUAAUACCGACUUAAAUAUUUCAUGAUGUCAGAUCCUGCGAGUGAAUGUGUACCUCCUCGAUAUGAGACUCUAAUGAGCAGCACUCCAUCUGCAGUCCCAUCUGCUGUCCCAGUGUCAAAUGUGCCCGUGGCAUCUUUCUUUCAGAACGUCAGUCCUCCGCCCCCCACGUUCUACAUCCCUCCUUCAACCCAGACCUGGAGUGUCCCUACUGGGGCACCACAAUGGCAGCUGUCCGCCAUCAUACCCCAAAAUAUGGAACCAUCUGCACCAUUUUUCCAAACAUUUCUGAAGGGUAAACCAAAGGCUCUGGGAAUUCUGGUCAUUGUGGCAGCCAUCUUGGAGAUUGGCCUUGGCAUUGCAUUGUGCUUCACCCUCUUUACUAUCACGCUUCCAAGUGGCAUUUCUUUUUGGGGCCCGGUGUUUUACAUCAUUGCUGGAUCUCUGACACUUGGCGCUCAGAAAAAACCCAAUAUCUGCUUGAUCAAAGGCUCUCUGGGACUGAACAUCAUUAGCUCUAUUUUCAGCAUGGUAGCUCUGAUCCUAAACAUUGUCGAUUUGGGAAUCCUGCAGUGCUACAGUUACGGUUACUAUUACUAUAACUAUAACUAUAACUCUAACUCUAACUAUGAUUACUAUUAUAAUGAAGCUCAGAAGAAAUGCCAACAGCAACUUAGUGGUGGUUAUGCUGUUCUUUCUCUACUACUGCUGAUAAAUUUGCUGCUCUUCUGUGUCACCAUUUCCACCUCUGUUUUUGAUUGCCGGUCUCUCUCAAAAGUACAAAAUGUCACCCAGGUGUUCAUGUUACAGAAUGAUGUCGUCCUUGCCAUGAAUCCUGGUGCCGUUCCCGUUUCCAUUCCAUACCCUGUAACCACCACUUAUGCUCAUCCACCACCGCAGCCACCGGCAUAUACGGUCAACGUAGUUAAAGCUUUACCAGAUCAUUAAUAAAGAGCACCUGUCGUAUACAUAUUAUAUGGCUCUGAUCAGCUUUCUAAUGAA